GUUUAUUUGUCUCACUCAGCUCCCAAUAUGUCAAUUAGACCACACAAAAUCGUGGGGUGGCCCCCACUCAUGUGGGAGGUCAUCCCAUUAUGUCCCGGUGUGUAUAAUUGGCCCCGAAAGUUGCAUUUCUCGGACUGCUUUGGUUAUAUUUUAUUUUAUCGGGCCGGAUAAAAUGUAUCACACGUUUCCAAUAGUUAUAGGCCUUUAGAAUAGGUGUACAUUCCCCAACAUAAAUUUGGGAGUCACCGAAAUUCAUUUCGGACUGUUAUCCGAUAAAUUACCAAUACCGUUAAUUGGGUCUCGUUUGACCCACCGGUAAAACCCAUGUUCUUUCCAUGGCUCAAAUAAAAUAUCCACUCCCAUAUACAUAUUAUCUAGACCAAGAUGAAUAUAAUAUGUGGUUCAAGAAUCUUCGGGUGGCCCCCGGUCCCGGCGUGGGCCCCACAUGCAAUUUACUAUUCACGUAAAAGAAAUAAUAAAACUUUACAAUUACGCAAAUUUAUAAAUCAUCCUUCAAGGUUUAUCACAUAAUUUACUAAAAGUAAAUAUGCUUGGGGACGAUGCUACAAUCUUCUUGAAUUAGAACAAAGGGUUUUAUACCUUCGGUCCCAGGAGCAGCAACCAGCUCACCAGGCCUUCGACACGCAAUUCCAACAGCAUGGCGCGCAAGCAGGUCCGCAACAUCUCCAGCACACGGGUGCACCGCAGCAGCAACGGCCUCCUGGUAGUUUUCCACGCGGACGAGGCGAACGAGGACGGGGUGACAGAGGUCGUGGUGGUCGUGGCAGGGGACGCAGCCAACCGACGGCACCACACGGCCAGCCGCAGUACUAGUACCCACCGUAUGUGAUGACACCGCAGGGCAUAGCCGCAUGGGGUGGUCCUUCGGCAGGGGGUGCUCCUACUAUGGGUACUGCUUCUUGUAAUUCUAUUGUGUCACAUUUAAAUAUAAAUGCUUUACAUGUUUGUGCUACUAAUUUUGGUUCUGCAGGCACUUCCUCAGAUGGGGGUAUUCUUGGGGCGGUUCCCCAUCAUAUUGUGUGUCAAAUCUGUUUCUCUGCAGGUCAUUCCGCUAUUGCUUGUCCAUCUCGGUUCAACCAGACUUCCACUCCAGCACUGUUGACUGCUUCUGGUGAAUCUAAUUCGGCUUUAUGGUAUCCUGACUCGGGAGCGUCUGCUCAUAUGACUGCAUCAGAAGGACAAGGCCUCGAGGGCGGUGCUUCUGCGUGCUAAUAGUAAUGGACC